GGAGGCCGGAGAUGAGGGAGGUCGUACUCGGGGUCGGAGUGGGGAAGUCGGGUGGGCAUGAGGGUGUGCGAGGGUUUGGGUUUGCGGGGUGGAAGCCGACAUCUCUAUUCCUGCAUGAACCCUCAACGGACAACUCUCCACCAUCGACAACCAAUACCGUGACAAACACCGCUGCUACCACAUCGCGGCCAUCAGCACCAGCACCAGCAUCAGCACCAGCACCAUCAUCAACGUCAGCACCAUCACCAUCAGCACCAUCAAACCCAUCGCCCUCGAACCCAAACCCAUCAAAUCCAAGCCCAUCCUCACCAUCCUCGAACCCGCAAGGACUUGAACUAAAACCCGACUCGAGGAUCUCGACGACGGUGCUCAUCCUCCUCCCUUCCCCCAAAUAUCCCUACACCUACACUGAUCACUCGGCUCGCUCGGCUCUUACACCGGAGAUGAAGAUGGAUAGGCAUGGUCAGCUGAGAGGAGAGCGAGAUGAGAAGAAGAAGAAGAAGGAGGGAUAUGAGGUCAAGCACGUCGAGGACGUAGACGUACAUGUGGCGGACGUGAGCGAUAUUAAAGACGCGGGCGAUGCGUGGGGUCGGGUGAUGAGUUGGGGAGAAGGUGGAGACGGUCAGGAUGCGGGUGUGGGUGUGGAUAGGACGCCAAGGACUGGAUUGGCGGGGACAUUGUCUUUGUCAGGAUCCCGGGAUGAGCAGGAGGUGCGGGAUGGUCAGCGGGACGUACGGGAGAAGUCUGGGGUGAUGAUGCCGGUGAUGAUGCCGGAAAACGAAAAUGAGGGGAGGGAGAGACCGCCAGUUCAGAUCCCUGCAACAUCGUCAUCUUUACCACCGGCACCGCCAACACAUACCCAGACGCAGGGGAUUACGAGCGAGGUGCACGAGGGUGAGGAGGAGGACGACCUACCCGAUUUCGUCCUGGGUGUCUUGGAGCUGGAGGUGGUCGCCGAUACGCCCGAUGGCGAGAUCGGCAACUCUCAUUCGGGCGACCAGGUAGAAGCAGGGGUGUCGUAUCCACCGAAAUUAGCAGAUUCGACAUUGGGACAAGCAGUCGGCGGUGUAUCACCGCGGACAGAUACAGAGGGAUCGCCUAUGACGAUGAACGGGACGGGAAGGGAGAGACCGAUGCCUACGGACGGCUUGAUGAGGAGUUUCUGGAGACGGUGACGGUGAUGCGGCGACCGUUCUCGGGUCUGACACGGCGGGCUGAGUUGGUCGGUCUGCAGGACCGGAUAUCGAGGAAUCGGAUGGUUUAUGAAGAGGUGUAGGUCGUGCUUUUCGUGUCGCUAUGUGUAAUCGGAUUUGUAUAGCGAAGGGUGGGUAAUCUAUUGGCUAUUGGGAGAUCAGGAUGUACUCGAUGUAACGCAAUGAUUUGAUGAUACGCGCGGCCGAGCGAGCCGACGGACGUCAGAAGGCGGUCCGGUCCAUUCUAAUUUCAUUCAG